UCCAAGCCCACGCAGCUGGAGGGGACCAUGGCCAACAGCGAGCGCACCUUCAUCGCCAUCAAGCCUGAUGGAGUCCAGCGGGGCCUCGUGGGAGAUAUCAUCAAGCGUUUUGAGCAGAAGGGAUUCCGCCUCGUCGCUUUGAAAUUCAUACAAGCAUCUGAAGACCUUCUCAAGGAGCACUACAUCGACCUGAAGGACCGCCCGUUCUAUGCUGGCUUGGUGAAGUACAUGCACUCAGGGCCGGUCGUUGCCAUGGUCUGGGAGGGGCUGAAUGUGGUAAAGACGGGCCGCGUGAUGCUUGGGGAGACUAACCCUGCGGACUCCAAACCUGGGACUAUUCGAGGGGACUUUUGCAUUCAAGUUGGCAGAAACAUCAUUCAUGGCAGCGAUUCUGUGGAAAGUGCGGAGAAGGAGAUUGGCUUGUGGUUUCGCCCUGAGGAACUGGUGAAUUACAAGAGCUGUGCUCAGGACUGGAUCUAUGAGUGA